UAGGGCACACGUUUGGACGUUGAUUUCGGGAAGAAAAAACGGUUUGGAACCACCCAUACGCCGCACGUUUCGAUGGGGCAACGUAGACCUUGCCAUGGAAGUGGAUACGGGUUCCCCAGUGUGCGUCGUAUCGCGCCAAGUGUACGAUCGACACCACGCACAGUGGCCGCGCUUACAACCACCACGAAUCAAGCUGUCAUGUUACUCGGGACAGCUUCCGGUGUUGGGGGAACUCGAACUCCCAGUGAAGUAUAAAAGUGUAUCUGUGCCUUGCCCGCUCAUCGUGCUUGACUGUGCAGGACCCAGCCUAUGUGGCCGCGACCUCAUUGCUUUGCUUAGCAAGACGGGCGUUCCCAUUGGAGACCUGACUGAGCCGGACCCUACAGCAAGCGCCGAGCCAAGCGACCCUAUGCUGAACCGACUGCUCGGCGAGUUCGAGGAUGUUUUCUCGACAGACCUUGGACUAAUCAAGGGUCCACCAGCCAGCCUAAAACUCAAGGAGACAGCGACACCGAAAUUCUGAGGACCCCGCAAAAAGAAGGAAAGUCACCCUCGGAGAUGCUUCUCGGUUACCAGCUGCGGUCCCGUCUUGACACCUGCCUGCCGCCCAGGGAUGAGAACUGGUCGGCGGGUGCUGACGAUUGAACCAUCUCGCCAGGAAGCAGCGUUUACGUGCGCAACUACGGUGCCGGUAAAAGAUGGACGCCUGGACGCGUAAAAGCUGCGUCGGGGGCGAGAAUGAUAGCAGUGGACACACCAAGAGGGUUAGUGCAGCGUCAUAUCGACCAAGUCCGCCGCCGCCGGGAAUCGACGCCGGAGUCUGCAACUGCGGGAGCGACUGAAGGCGCGGACGCUGAAGCUGAACCUGCCAGCGUGACUACUCCUGUCCCGUCUCCUGCGUUGCAACGCACGUCCAGGCGGAAUGAGCAAGAGCGAAGCCCAGAGCUGCCGGCCGCGGAUGGUCGGAGUGAGUUUUCCCCACCAGCUGCAACGGAGCCUCCAGUCGCUACGGACGAACCCUCGCCCGAGGUGGUCCUGCACCAGCCAACACUGAGGCGAUCGACAAGAGUUAGGAACCCGGUACAACGGUUCCACUUUUAAGAGGAAAAAAUGUUGUAUUUGUUUCGUUUGUAACGCCAGCAAAACCAGCUGCGCGCGCA